AGACCUUCCACCAUCACCAUGGCCAUGUCAGGAAUGUGCUUUCGCCUCAUGUUGGCAUUCUUGGUGUGUUGUGCUUUCACUGGUGGAGGUCUUGCGCUCUUGGAGGUGUUUCCUGUGGCGACACCAGCUGUGCUAAUCGCAUCUAAUGCGUUGGUGGGGCUGGUUUGCUUCUUGGUCUUCUUCCCCAGGAAGACUCCUUCAUCCAAGUCACCCGAGCCUCACCUUCACUGGGAUCCUGAAAUUCCUCGACGUGGCAUGGGAGAUCUCAUUCGCAGUGUGAACCACAUUGCCAUCAUUGUCUCGGAUGUUGGACGUUCCUUGGCCUUCUACACCGAGAUCAUCGGGUUCCAGCAAAUCCAGCGGCCCAACUUUGAUCGGCACGGUGCCUGGCUUACCAUGGGAAAUUUGGAGCUGCACUUGAUCAAGGGAGUUCCCAAUGCCCCUUCUGGUCGAGAUUUGAUCGUCUCGCACAUUGCCCUCGACACAGACGAGCCUCACAAGGUCUUGGAAAAGCUGCUGGAAUAUGAGGUGCCAUUUCGGCAGAACAUUUCAGUGCCUGAUCCCAACAAGGCUCGAGAGAACUUGGUUGAAGCAUUCGAGAACAGCGAAGGGAAGAUCACGCAGUAUUUUGUUCGUGACCCUGAUGGCUACUACUUGGAGCUUUGCAACUGCGACAUCCUCACAGCCUUCUGCUUGUUCAAGGAGAAUGAGGCCAAGGAGAAGAAGGCGGGCUACGUCCCAAAGUACAUGAAGCUGAUGGAUGCCAUGCUGAGCACUUACAAUGAGUCGGGGCAGGUGAAGGCUUCUCCAUUCCGCUUUCCCCAGCUCUUGAAGACAACGGUCAUUGUUCAUCGCCUUGUUCGCAAGGCUCGGGCUGAGUUGAAGAAAAGCUUUCAGGAGCGCGUGGAGCAAGCGCUCGAGGGAGUGGAAGAAGCAGCAGAGCCAGACAGCCUGCUGCUCGCAAAGUUCAUUGGGCGCCAGAAGACUUACUGCGACGUUUGCCAAGGAUUCUCGGAAGAGGACUUGGCAUCGGCCCUUUGCAAGAGCGGGAACUAUGCACCAACAGCUUUGCUGCUGCUGGCAGCAUGCCGAGAGGAUGUGAGAGUCUUCUUGCCACCCCAGUACCUCUUGAGUGAGGGCGGAAGGAUCAAGCAGCAAGUCAUGGCAGUGUCGGCACCCAAGAGCCACAAGAACAAGAGGUUCGGUUCGUUUAGCAUGUUUGCUUCCAAACCUUUCGAUGAUACAGUCUCUAGGACCACGCAAUCUCGUGUGUCCAUUGGACCAAGCUUUCUGAGCCGCAUUUCCCGGGUUUCAACCCAUUCCAAUGAAGCGAAGCCCAAAGAUCAUCGCCAGAGCGGCAAAAUGUUGGCUUUGACCUUCGAAGACGAUUCAAAGAUGCAGACAUACCUUCAGAAGAGCUUCAGCUUUGCCCGUCGACAAGUUCAAGUUUCGGAAAUGGAAGAGAUUUGCGUGUGAAUCGACCAGCUUUUGUUUCUGGCGAUCGCCCAGGUUAAUGUACAUCAGGCUACAUCGGGAAGAGCCAACUUUUUAAAUCUCUUUCCCACACAAUCCGAGCUUUGCAUUCAGCUUUUUUCCCUGCAAGCUGAUUGCCCGUUCGGCUUCUUUUCGCGCAGCAAGGGCUGCGUUCUUUUCUUCCAAUGCACCGGUUUUUACAAAACCGAUACCUUUGUUUGUUUGCGAAAGAAA